AUGACGAUUCCACCUUUUCCGUCACAAGAUUUGGCGAAGCUUGUACUUGGAUAUCUUGCGGAGGAGCAGCUUAUGACUGCUUAUGAUGAAUUUUUACAAGCUAGUCCAUAUUUAGAUGCGCUCAGAAAUGAAUAUGACAGGAUUUUCAUGACAUCUCUUAAAAAUAUUCUGGCUGAGUACAGAGCUGUAAAGAUUUAUGUGGAGACCUGUAAACCUUUUGCCCUUAGAAAGAGAUUAUUUCAAUGUGCUAAUUUGUUUGACAUUGUCAAAUUAUUAGUACAAAAUGUUGAUAUGAAUAAGUUAAAUGCUCAGGAGCACAAUGUAGAUAAGAUGAGUUCAAAUCCAUCACUACCUUGUAACCAGUCUAUAAGUCAAAUAGAAGCUACAUCAUUAGAAAGUUCUGUUGAAACAACUGCCUUAGCUGAUUUACCAGGAAAUACCAUGACAAAAAAAAAAUCGGCGAAAGUUCUUGAUAGAGAGCAUAGGAAUCUUGUAAGUGGUCAAGAGACGUGUAAUGAAGUUAGACAAUCAUGUUGUAUUGAAUUAAGCAGUUUAAAUAGUGUUCCACAAUCUGUUGCCAAUGAGGGUGGUCAAAAUGAUAUUGAACAAGGCACAAAUAAUAUUCUUGAAGAAGAUAUGACAAAGUCCAAGAAAUUUGAAUCUGUUCAAAAAAUUGAAGAAUUUGACAACAUUUUAGACUUUGUGUGUAAAAAUGGUAAUGAAAACAAUAACAGGACUUUUCCAACAACUGAUACUAUUAGUGACCCCCACCAGAGAAUUUCAACAGCAGGAACAUUUCAAGAUUUCACUACAGGCAUUUAUAAUGACAAUAAAUCCAACAUAUCCACGUCUACUUCACCUGACGUAAAUAAUGCGCAGGCGCCUUUAAGAAGAAGUAUUGGUAAUGCAUUUGUAAAUAUUGGAACAAUUAAUAGAACCGAUCUGAAAUCUAAAGUGUUUAAUAACGCCACGUCCACACCACAUGUUCAAAUGCAAACUAUUUUUAUAAAUGGAACUCAAGCCUACAAGCACAAAACACAAAAUCCAUUGAAUUGUAACUACACAAAGGAUGAAAUUAUGGCUAUGCCCACCAUUAUUCUCGUACCAGCGACAGGUUCUAAAUCUAGUGCAACAGAUUCCCAACCCAUAGUCACUAUGCCUACCAAAAAUGAUGUCGUUACUGCUACUACAAGUUGUGGUCAAAGUAUUUUUAAACCACUUGUUGUUGAUGUUACAUCUAACAUCACUGUUCCAAAUAUCACUUGUGAUAUAAAUGAAAAAUUUAAGAACAGCGAUCAAAAACUUUUAAAUGAACAAAGUCUCAUUAAAACGGUUGAAAUGGCUGGUCAUGUCUCUGUGCCGAAGGAAAAUACAUAUUCAACGGCAUUGAAGACAAGUACACCGCAGGGCUUGCCACCUAAAAGAAAGUCUUCUUCUACUCCUCGAAGAUCAUCCCAUCACUCUGAUCAUAUAUCACCAGAGUCAAUUAAAUCAAAACAGAGUAUAUCUCAAGAGAGCCAGGUUUGUUCACACGAUUCAGAUAUUGAACAGCUACCCCUACGAUGGUCCGAUGACGGUUCUCAAGAUGGAAAAUCACAAGACACAAAAUUGAAACAAGCAGAAGCAGCUAAUGAUACAGAUGAUAUAUGUAAAAUAAAAGAGUACAUUGAAACGUCUGUUGCCGAACAACCAGUUUGUACUAAUGAUGGUGAAGGCAGUUUGCAUAUUGACUUAAUCAAACGGGGCUUUGAUGUUGAAACUGCGAAAAUAAUUGAACGAGAUUUACUCGAUUCGCCUUGUCCUAAGCGAGAAAUCAUCUCUGAUGUGGUAGAUUCAGGAAAUUUUGAAUUUAUGACCAAUGAUCCAGUAGAAGAGAACAGUGCUAGAACUGCAAGUGAAACUUCUGUCAAUCUAGAAAUUGUAGAUGACGAUAACUGCGAUGAAGUAGAAUUUUCAACACAUGAAUGUAAUGAAGAUACAGCAAAUUUUUUCAGUCAUGAAUAUGUCGAUUUAAGUUACACAAAAAAAAGUCUACCGCCAUCAUUGAAAGAUAAUUAUACUAUGGAGUUUUGUGUAGAAGAUGACGUGACAGUACGAUUGAGGGCUACUACAUUCAAUAUGUUGCUUGACCAAGAUUUCGAAGAAAUGGACGCUGGUUAUAUUUGUAAAGAGACUGAAAUUGCUGUUAGUUCCAUAUCAAAUAUUGAUAAGUUGUAUACACCAAUGAAAGACCCAAAAGCGCAGGUUUAUGAAAUAUUUGAUUCAACGUUGACUAGCUUGGACACGCCUUUGAAGGUAGCAACUCCGACAUCACAAGAGUUAGAGCCAAUUGUCACUGAAAUAGAGCUAGAAGUUGAAAAAGUUGAUAAUAAAGAGAAAGUUGAUAUGAAGAAAAGAAAGCGAUUACAAAGCUCAUACACUUCGGACGAAUCGCCGAAUUGCAGCAAGAGACCGAAGUCUGAAACGCAGUACUUACUUAAUACUGCAAAUAUACAUAAUAUCGAUAUUGAAUCUGUUUUAAGUAAACUUCAUGGUCCU